GGUUUGGCGUCCGGGCAUUUACACUGGUUGCAUCGAAGAGAAGAGAACAAAACUCACUUCAAUGGGCCAACAACAACAUUAGCGAGGGAUCAUAGACCGGUUGUCUGGGUUGGGACUUGGAGGCGCACUCGGAGUCCAUGGAUGGAACAAAUCUAUUAGAGCACAUUAUGAUGUCUGGUUUUUUGAGGUAUAGGUGGUGGCUUGGUUUCUUGUCACAUAAUUUUUUUUUCCCGAACUCAUCCGAGUUCAAUCUUCGUGUACCCCUUUUUCACACCUUCUUUCACCUUGUUCAUCUUGCAUUCUGUGUCUCUAUUUUUUUUUGCACUUUGCACUUUGCACCUUGCGCACCAUCAUUAUUCCUGUGCUGGCCACAUGUGUAAUUUAAUAACCUCCUCCCAGUCGUUGUUUCAUACCCCUGUGCGCAUC